AUGCUAAAAGUACGUGUCAACGGACAGUACAGCGAGGAAUUUGGAGUUGGAGUAGGGGUGCAUCAGGGUUCUGUUCUCAGUCCCCUGCUUUUCAUCCUAGUCCUUGAGGCUCUGUCUAGGGAAUUCCGCACCGGGGUUCCAUGGGAGCUCCUCUACGCUGAUGAUCUUGCUGUGAUUGCAGACUCACUGGAGGAGUGUCUCUUCAUUUUGAAAUGUUGGAAGGAUGGUAUAGAAAGCAAUGGGCUGAGGGUCAAUAUGAAGAAGACAAAGCUCUUGAUCACCGGUCCUGGACUGAAUCUCCUACUUGACGCUGGAGCAUAUCCCUGUGCGGUACGUAGGAGUGGAGUGGGAGUGAACUCCGUUGAGUGCACCAAGUGCAAACUGUGGGUGCACAAAAAGUGCAGUGGCAUAAAGGGAAGGAUCACCAGCAUCCCGGACUAUGUAUGUCUGAGAUGCCUGGACCAGGCACGUCCAAUUGAUGGAAGACCAGUUACCAAGGUGGUCGUCGAUGGCUCACAGCUGGAUGAUGAGGACAGCUUCUGCUAUCUGGGUGACACGCUAUGUGCUAGGGGAGGCUGA